UGCUCUUCGUUCUUAUCUCGUCCUCUCUCUUCGGAGAGGUUUUCUUUUCUUUUUUUUUCCUUUUUUUUUCUUUUUUCUUUUUUUUUUUCCUUUUUCUUUUUCUUGUUCUUCUGUUUCUCAAUUUCUGCAGUUGAUUUUUCCUUUUCGUUUUUUCCCCUUUUCUUCUUCGUCUUCUUCUUUUCGUUGUCGAAAACUGUAACCCUAGAACUCGGAUUCGUUGAAGAUGCACCAGCAGAGGCUUAAACAUCAGGCGAUGAUGCAUCAGUCGCUCUACCACCAUCCCGCUCUCUUGGCUGCUCCUCAGAUAGAGCCUAUCUUGAGUGGAAAUCUGCCUCCAGGGUUUGAUUCAAGUACAUGCCGCAGUGUGUACGUUGGUAACAUUCACUCCCAGGUUACUGAAACUGAUCUUCAGCAAGUGUUCUCAAAUGCUGGUCCCCUUGAAGGAUGCAAACUUAUCAGGAAAGAGAAGUCAUCUUAUGGUUUUGUUGACUACUUCGAUCGUAGAUCAGCUGCCCUUGCUAUAGUAACUCUAAAUGGCAGGCAUCUGUACGGCCAGCCUAUUAAAGUUAAUUGGGCAUAUGCAAGUAAUCAAAGAGAGGAUACAUCAGGUCAUUUUAAUGUUUUUGUUGGCGAUCUUAGUCCAGAGGUUACUGAUGCUACGCUGUUUGCGUGCUUUUCUGUUUAUACGAGUUGUUCAGAUGCAAAGGUUAUGUGGGAUCAGAAAACUGGGCGGUCAAGGGGUUUUGGUUUUGUUUCCUUCCGUAACCAGCAGGAUGCUCAAAGUGCAAUAAAUGACUUGAAUGGGAAGUGGCUUGGGAGCAGACAGAUUCGAUGUAAUUGGGCUACAAAAGGUGUCAGUUCCAAUGAUGACAAGCAGAGCUCUGAUUCUAAAAGCGUUGUAGAGCUAACAAGCGGAACAUCUGAAGAUGGUCAGGAGAAGACUAACGAGGAUGCUCCAGAAAACAAUCCCCAAUAUACCACUGUUUAUGUCGGAAAUCUUGCUCCAGAGGUUACUUCAGUUGACCUCCACCGUCAUUUCCAUGCCCUUGGUGCUGGAACCAUCGAAGAUGUUAGAGUGCAACGUGAUAAAGGUUUUGGGUUUGUGAGAUUUAGUAACCAUGCUGAAGCAGCUCUGGCCAUUCAGAUGGGAAAUGCUCGAAUGCUUUAUGGCAAACAAAUUAAGUGCUCGUGGGGUAGCAAGCCCACUCCUCCGGGAACAAGCUCCACCCCUCUUCCCCCGCCAGCUGCUGCAAACAUGCCCGGUUUGUCAGCUGCUGAUUUUGCAGUCUAUGAACGACAAAUGGCAUUAAAAAUGGGCAGUGCACAAGCGCUGAUGCAUCCACAAGGCCAGCACGCGCUCAAGGCUGCUAUGGGAAUGGGGGCUGCCGGAGCUGGUCAGGCUAUAUAUGAUGGUGGCUUUCCGGGUGUUGCGACCACCCAACAACAGCUUAUGUACUACCAGUAAUUUUAUAAGUUGGGAAAGAAAAAACCUUUGUUUUACUAAGGUUUGGCGAAUAAGUUAUUUAACUUAAAUUGUAGGAUACACGUAUUUUCCCUGUUUUUAGUUUUUCUUUCCCUGCUUUGGUUGGUAGAUUGGUUGUCUUCCUAUAACACUAGUGUGAGCGCGCGUGCGUUGCACGUGUGAUACCAUAUUAUGGUUUUAUUUUUCUCUCCUUUUUUUUAUUAUAAAUAUGGGAUACUAUGGAUAGUUUUAUGCUUAA